AUGGAGCACAAAGAAGUUGAAUCGAGACUUAAAGACAUGAGAGAACAGUUAAAAGAUUUAACCAAACAAUAUGAUAAAAGUGAAAAUGACUUAAAAGCCCUGCAGAGUGUUGGACAAAUUGUUGGUGAGGUAUUAAAGCAGUUGACCGAGGAGAAAUUUAUUGUGAAAGCGACAAACGGUCCUCGCUAUGUAGUUGGGUGCCGUCGACAGCUUGACAAGAACAAGCUGAAGGGAGGGACCAGAGUUGCACUAGAUAUGACUACACUUACUAUCAUGCGCCAUUUACCUAGAGAGGUGGAUCCACUAGUCUACAACAUGAGUCAUGAAGACCCUGGUGAUGUCACAUACUCCGCUAUUGGUGGCCUUCAGGAACAAAUCCGGCAGUUGAGAGAGGUGAUCGAGCUGCCCCUAUUGAAUCCAGAACUCUUCGUCCGUGUAGGAAUCACUCCACCAAAGGGUUGCCUGCUGUAUGGUCCUCCGGGAACUGGCAAGACUUUACUGGCGAGGGCUGUGGCCUCUCAGCUCGAUGCAAACUUCCUUAAGGUGGUAUCGUCAGCCAUUGUAGAUAAAUACAUCGGCGAGUCGGCUCGUUUGAUUCGCGAGAUGUUCAACUACGCGAGGGACCACCAGCCUUGCAUCAUUUUCAUGGAUGAAAUCGACGCCAUUGGUGGAAGACGUUUCUCCGAGGGCACCAGUGCCGACCGUGAGAUCCAGCGCACGCUGAUGGAACUGCUCAACCAGAUGGACGGGUUCGAUUCCCUGGGCCAGGUGAAGAUCAUCAUGGCCACCAACAGACCCGACACCUUGGACCCGGCGUUACUUCGGCCCGGCCGUUUGGACAGGAAGAUCGAGAUUCCUCUCCCCAACGAACAGGCUAGACUGGAGAUUCUAAAAAUCCACGCGGCGCCCAUAGCGAAGCACGGCGAGAUGGACUACGAGGCUGUGGUCAAGCUGUCGGACACCUUCAACGGAGCCGAUCUGAGAAACGUGUGCACCGAAGCUGGUCUCUUCGCCAUUCGAGCCGAGCGGGAGUACAUUAUACAGGAGGAUCUCAUGAAGGCGGUGCGCAAAGUUGCAGACAACAAGAAACUCGAGAGCAAGCUGGACUACAAGCCAGUUUAA